GCAACAGCGGGAACUCGAACCCUUCUUCCGGCUUGCUCGACAAUCUGCGGGUGCCAUGAGCGCCCCAAGCUAUUGGCUGCAUACUUUAUUCCAAUAAUGGCACAGAGCUUCGUGCCCUUGCCUUGUCUCCCAGCCAUCCGCCUAAAGCUUCAUCUCACAACAACACCUACUUUCCACCCAAUAUACCACACCACAGGAUACGAUGUCUACCCGCAAGAGAAAGCAGGACGCUGAGGAAGAGGAGGAGCUCGUCGCCCUCCCAUCUGACGAGUCCGAAGAAGAAGAAGAAUACCAGGAGUCUGAAGGCUCAGACUUUGGCGAAGAGGAAGACUCGGACGCUGAAGCGCCUCCUCCAAAGAAGAAGACCAAGCGCACCUCCAAGGCCAAGGACGGCGAUGAGGAAGAUGACGAUGAGGAAGCUGAGGUAGACGAUGAGGAAGAAGUCAUCUCCAAUGCACCCGACGAGGACGAUGAUGACGAUGACGAGGAUGCCGGCGAUAAGUCGAAGAAGCCCGCUGGUGCUGAGAAAGACCGUAAGGUCAAGACCACUAAGAAGGACGAGGCAGUUCCAGUGGUCGAUGACGACGAGGAUGACGAGUAAGCUUGGAGCAGCAUGGAUCUGUGAGAAUCUGCACAGAAGGAUAAGGUAGCUGUGUAAUGACCGAAAGAUCUUUCGAUAACAGUGCUCGCCUCUCUGGCUCAAUUGUAUGAGCUGGCUUCUUCUCAUUCAAGUGUCUUCUAGUUCCUGGCCCUUAUCAUCUGAAACAUAUUUCAAAUUUGG